UGUUCGACAACUUGCUGGAAUAGGUGUAUGCUAAAGUGAAAUUAUUCCUAGAGGAAUAUACUGAUAAAUAAUAGAAAUUGUGUACUGUGAUCAUUUAUGCCAGUGAAGGAAAAUCGUUUCAAAGAUUAAAGUAUCCCAUGGAAAUGCAACAAGCGUCAAUGCACGAGACACACAUCGAUUUCACCGGGAAAACAUGAGUGGCAGAAAUAACGGGCUGAUCGACGCGAGCCCCGUGGCUAAUAGUGGGUUUCGAGUGCAAUGCGAAUAUUUUAUUGGAACGGAUGUACGUCGGAAAACAAAGGACAUGGCACACCUGUAGAUACGAAAUGCCGGACUAGUGGAAGUUGAAGAGUAGAGAAUAAUAAGCAGGCAGCUGUAGUGCAGAAGAUAGAGAAAAGAAUUGAUUGGUACGUAGUGACAGCACCCUACAGGAGCAAGUAAGGAUAAUGAGUCACGCCCAGCAGCAUGUACUUGCAAGUGCAAUAGUUCUUGCUCUGAUAGUGGUCUUCGGCAUCCAUGUCUUCCUAUUUCCCAUGUACACAUCCAACCCACCAGCUCGCCACAUAAAGAUCUCAACCUAUGAACAAGCUCUUUGUCGUACAACAUUAAAGAAUAUCAAAAUACCACCGGAAUGGAGAAAUCCUUGUCCGAUGUAUGGUAUAGUAUCCGCAGUCCAAGGUGGCAGACUUGGUAAUCAAAUUUGGGAAUAUGUCUCAGUCUGGGCUACCGCCAGAAAAACUGGUUUGGAACCAUUCAUGCCACGUUGCAUACUGAAAACUCUAGAAGAAUACUUUGAAAAUCUCAGUAUUCCACCACUCAGUUACAUUGGAAAAUGCACCCUAGAUGUUAGCAAAGUUGUGAAUUCCCUUGGGCAAUGGAACAGCACAGAACAGAACAUCAUCAUACCAAGGCAUGCAGCAUACUGGUCUCUCAUUCUAGUGUGGUUGGAUGAUGUACGAAGGGAAUUUACGUUCAAGCCAAACUUAAGGAAUUACGCGGAAAGGGUACUAAAAGAAAUAGCCGAGGAGUUCAAAUUGUCAGAACCAACGUUUGUGAGCAUACACGUAAGAAGAACAGAUUAUAUAGACUAUCUAUGGCACAAAUUGAAAAUUAGACCUGCCCCUGUUAGCUACUACUUUACAGCAAUGGAUUACUUUGUUGGCAAGUAUAGAAAUGUAGUUUUUGUAGUAACUAGUGAUAAUAUAGUUUGGUGCAAGUAUAAUUUGCAUAGUAAACGACAUAGAAUCAAAUUCGUGUCCGAUAUAGAUGCAAAAGGUCCUGGCAAGGAUCUAGCGGUUUUAUCAGCAUGUAAUCACAGUAUUAUAGAUUAUGGUACAUACGGUUCGUUUGGCGCAAUUUUGGCCGCCGGUGAAACUGUAGUGUACAAUGUAACAACAUACUUUUCUACCUUAAUUGCCGAAGUUUUGCCAAACUGGAGAAUAAUGAGUUGA